AUGUCCUACAUGAUUAAAGGGGAGGCAGCCGCCAUCGAGACAGAGCUGCUGAAGGACUACAGGUUUGGACAGCAGCAGCUCAUCGAGAUCUGGGGCCAGGCCUGUGCUCUCGCUAUCACCAAGGCUUAUCCUUUGAGCUCCAUUUCGAAGAAGCAGCCAACAGUGCUGGUGAUUUGUGGCCCAGAUCAAAAUGGCUCCAUCGGCCUGGUUUGUGCCAGACACCUGCGCAUAUUUGAAUACGAGCCCACCAUCUACCAUCCCAAACGAUCAUCUCAGAACCUCCACCAGGACUUCACAGUGCAGUGUGAGAAGAUGGACAUCCCCUUCCUGUCAUACCUGCCCACAGAGGUGCAGCUCAUAAACGACGCCUAUAACCUAGUGAUUGAUGCAAUGCUGGGCCCAGGGUCGGACAUAAGCAACAUCAAGGAGCCGUACUUGGGCAUUCUUGGUACUCUGAAGCAAGUGAAGAUUCCUAUAGCCAGUGUGGAUGUGCCUUCAGGUUGGGACGAGGAGGAGGCCACCCAGGACGGCAUCACCCCUGAAGUCCUCAUCUCACUUACGGCACCUAAAAAGUGCGCUGCUAGUUUCUCUGGGAAGCAUUUCCUCGCUGGACGCUUCCUGCCUUACGAUAUCCAGAAAAAAUAUGACCUCAAUCUCCCGGACUUCCCCGGCACAGACAGUCUCAUUGAAUUGUAA